CAAAACCCUAGUUUUGGUAAAACCCUUCUUCUUCGUGUUCUUGGAUUGUGCUGUCUUCUCUGCGCAGGAAAUCAAAUGGCGAAGCGUUUGGUGCCGCUUCUGAACCGUGUUUUGGUUGAGAAGAUCACUCCGCCGUCGAAGACCACCGCCGGCAUUCUCCUCCCUGAGAAAACCAGUAAGUUGAACUCUGGAAAAGUUGUUGCUGUUGGUCCCGGCUACCAUAGCAAGGAAGGCAAGCUUGUUCCGGUGAGUUUGAAAGAAGGAGAGACGGUGCUGUUGCCUGAGUAUGGUGGCACUGAAGUGAAGCUUGGUGAAAAAACGUAUCAUUUGUACCGGGACGACGACAUUCUGGGAACACUCCAUGACUAAUUUGGCCUGGUCUUAUUACCAUGCCGACAAUUACAUUACUAAGAGCGACGCAUAAGCAAUUUAUGAGAUAAGUUUCAAACGCUCUUUAGUAACUUCACAUCUUUCUAUCGAUGAAUUAAUUUGUUGGAAAAUCUGAUGUAUGAGACGUUUCUCUUCGAAUUGAUUUAAGAAUUUGAAGUUUUAUUGAUGAAUA